GUAGGCGGGGUGACGUGGGGUUGACGAGCUCAGCGGCGGGUUUGCCGAGAUCAGUGCCCGGCGGCAGCUGGUGCGGGGGGCGGCCAGAGCCUUAGGUGGAGCGGGGCGGUGUGUGGCCGGGGCCAUGACGGGCAAUGCCGGGGAGUGGUGCCUCAUGGAAAGCGACCCCGGGGUCUUCACCGAGCUCAUUAAAGGAUUCGGUUGCCGAGGAGCCCAAGUAGAAGAAAUAUGGAGUUUAGAGCCUGAGAAUUUUGAAAAAUUAAAGCCAGUUCAUGGGUUAAUUUUUCUUUUCAAGUGGCAGCCAGGAGAAGAACCAGCAGGCUCUGUAGUUCAGGACUCCAGACUUGACACAAUAUUUUUUGCCAAGCAGGUUAUUAACAAUGCUUGUGCUACCCAAGCUAUAGUCAGUGUGUUACUGAACUGUACGCAUCAAGAUGUCCAUUUAGGAGAGACAUUGUCAGAGUUUAAAGAAUUUUCACAAAGUUUUGAUGCAGCUAUGAAAGGUUUGGCACUGAGCAAUUCAGAUGUGAUUCGACAAGUACACAACAGUUUUGCCAGACAGCAAAUGUUUGAAUUUGAUGCAAAGACGUCCGCAAAAGAAGAAGAUGCUUUUCAUUUUGUCAGUUAUGUUCCUGUAAACGGAAGAUUGUAUGAAUUAGAUGGAUUAAGAGAAGGACCGAUUGAUUUAGGUGCAUGCAAUCAAGAUGACUGGAUCAGCGCAGUGAGGCCAGUCAUAGAAAAAAGGAUACAAAAGUACAGUGAAGGUGAAAUUCGAUUUAACUUAAUGGCCAUUGUGUCUGACAGAAAAAUGAUAUAUGAACAGAAGAUAGCAGAGUUACAAAGACAACUUGCUGAGGAGGAACCCAUGGAUACAGAUCAGGGUAAUAAUAUGUUAAGUGCUAUUCAGUCAGAGGUUGCCAAAAAUCAGAUGCUUAUUGAAGAAGAAGUACAGAAACUAAAAAGAUAUAAGAUUGAAAAUAUCAGAAGGAAGCAUAAUUAUCUGCCUUUCAUUAUGGAAUUAUUAAAGACUUUAGCAGAACACCAGCAGUUAAUACCACUAGUAGAAAAGGCAAAAGAAAAACAGAAUGCAAAGAAAGUGCAGGAAACCAAAUGAAGACGAUGCUUUGGGAUGUGUCCACAUUUCUGCUUCUGCACUUAUUUUCAUGGAAACCAUUAAGUAUAAAGAACUUUGAGCAACAUCCUAAUUGACUCAAUGCACGUUUGGCGUAGUACCAGUCUGUCUUGUCUUUAAUGCAUGGAUUCCUUCCCUACCUGCAUCAUGUGCAUGUGGUGCAUAUUAAAUAAAAGUGAUGUUGAGAGUG